AUGAAAACGCUGAAAAGUUCGUUUAUCACUGAUGAAGAUAGUAUCAAUACGGGAUACGGAAGUCCUCACCAUAACAGAUCGCAGUCAGUGAAGACUCCUGGUAGGUCUUCUGGUAGACCCAACUACCUAUGUCUUCCACAGCAAAGAUCGAGAGUAGCAUCUAUGCCGAAUACGGGCGUAGAAGAAGAAUAUUACCGACUCAGGCACUUUUCAAUCACAGGGAAGGGCAUCGUCAACAGAGGAGACAGCUUGAAGAGUCGGAGGUCUAGAUCCAAUAACUCUGUGGCAUCGAGCAAUUCAAGGUGA